GGCAUUACCGCCGUGUCAUCUAUGGACUAGGGCCCUAUAUCGCUGAUUAUCCGGAGCAAGCCCUACUUGCAUGUAUCGUGCAGGGAUGGUGUCCGAGGUGCGCUGCUCCUAGCAAUAACCUUGAUGAUGGCGAUAAUGUCCCACGAUCUCAUGAGCACACUCGCGCGUUGCUGAAAACGUUCGACUUGAAGACGCUAUGGGACGAUUAUGGCAUCGUCGGUGAUCUUGUGCCGUUCACAGUAGACUUCCCCCGCGCGGAUAUUCACGAGCUGCUUGCCCCCGACCUCUUGCAUCAAGUGAUCAAGGGCACCUUCAAGGACCAUCUUGUGACCUGGACUGUCCAAUACAUCACCAACGAGUAUGGCAGUGAAGCUCCGAAGAUUCUCGCAGAUAUAGACCGGAGAAUAUCUGUGGUUCCCAACUUCCCUGGGUUGAGGCGUUUCCCGCAAGGCCGGGGGUUUAAGCAGUGGACAGGCGACGAUUCAAAGGCAUUGAUGAAGGUGUAUCUUCCCGCAAUUGCGGGGUACGUCCCACCAGAGAUGGUGCGAGCUCUGAGUACUUUUCUCGAGUUCUGCUAUCUGGUACGCCGCGACACAAUAAGCGAAGACACUCUUACCGCCAUUGGCACUGCAUUGGAUCGCUUUCACCGGGAACGUGAAGUGUUCCGCAACGCUGGCAUCCGAGGGGAAGGCUUCUCGCUCCCACGACAACACUCUCUUAAGCACUAUCCGUUCGUCAUUACUGAGUUCGGAGCACCCAACGGCCUUUGCUCUUCCAUCACCGAAUCUGCUCAUAUCAAAGCUGUGAAGAAACCCUACCGCCGCUCCAACAGAUUCAAUGCUCUUGGUCAAAUGCUCCUCACCAACCAGCGACUGGAUAAGCUUGCCGCUGCACGUGUCGACUUCCGCAGUCGAGGCAUGCUUGAGGGUGUAUGUCUACCAGAAGCUUUUCGAACGCGAAGGGUGCCAGCGAAUCCAGAACGCGAUAACACCGAUGGCGAUCAGGCUGAAGAUGAAGAAGCAGAAGGUUGGGCAGUAGACGGGGAUGAGGUCGAUGCUGAAGUGGUGUUGUCAAGACGACAUGUGCGCGGGUUACCAAAGAGUAUUCGUACUCUUGGCGAACACUUAGGAUAUCCAUCUCUUGAAGCUCUCGCACGCCGCUUCCUGUUCGAGCAGCAGAACCCUGAACACGCCAACCCAGCGGAUAUACCACUUGCUCAAUGUCCCCCAGUCACCUCUCGUGUGAAAGUCUUUCCAUCCGCUAUCGCUAUGUUCUACGCACCAAGUGACUACUCCGGAACUAAGGGUAUGCGCCGCGAGAGGAUCCGCUGUGUCCGACAGUGGCGAAAUGAAGGCCCGCGGCGUGACUGUGCAUUUGUAGUGAAGGACAGCUCUCUUCCGGGCUUUCGUGGCUUGGAUGUUGUUCGAGUUAUGCUCCUCUUCUCGUUCACUUAUCAGGAAGUCGAGUACCCGUGUGCCCUUGUGCACUGGUUUGUGCCAGCGGACGACAAGCCUGAUGAGAAUACUGGGAUGUGGGUUGUUGAGCCGGACAUGGAUCCUCGGGGUAAGCCUGUCCUACAGGUAAUUCACUUGGAUACCAUGUUGCGCGCGGCGCAUCUCGUAGGUGCCGCAGGUCAUGAUUCUAUCCCACGGACACUCCAACAUUAUCGCGCCCUCGACAUGUUUCGGGCAUUUUAUGUCAACAAAUAUGCUGAUCACCACGCACACACAAUAGCCUUUUGA